AUGUCUUUCACCGCGCCACAAUACAUUCCGGGAGAGACUGACAUAACCCUUCUAUUGGGGCGAGACUCAUUCGAGUUCGAGGCGAACCGUAACAUCCUAGCCUCACAAUCAAAAUUUUUCGAAAAGGCAUGUUACAACGAGGAGUUCAAGGAGGCGAAAGAGAGACUUAUAAAACUGCCGGAUAUUCAACUUGAUACCAUGAUGGAGGUUCUUGCAUGGCUAUAUCGGUCGGAACCUAAACUACCAGAGGAUUUUACAUGCAACGAAUCUACGUGUAGAACUUUGGCUGUAUUAAGUGCUGCUGACUUUCUCCAAAUCGAUACCCUUGCAAAAGACUAUGGGACAUCGUUUGGAAAGAAACUGGAACUUAUUGGUCAGGAUUCUGAAACGAAGGAACUGCUGAACUGUGUUAAAGUCAUGAACGGGAUAUAUAAGGCUAGAGGCUCUAUUCAGGAAGAAGAAUUGUUUGAAUGGGUCAAAAGAAUUGGAACGUCAGGUCGACAGCGGUUGAUGAGUGCGUGCUCCUUGGUUGAAGCACCAAAUGGGACGUUUUUCCAAGACUUGAGUUGCGUUAUUUUGAAAGCGUGGCGAUAA